AUGUGGUACUGCCCGGACUUUUACAAAGGAUUCUGCCCUCCGCUUCAAGACCAAUCCCACCUAUACGGUCUCGGCAUCCGCAUGGGAAUAUACCUAAUCUGGCUAUCUUCAAUCCUAGCCUACACCCUCCUGCACAACCCCAUCUCCCGGUACAGCUCGCGGGAUCUAAACUACUGCUUCAGCUUCGCCUUCUUCCUUACCCUAACGCUGGACUCGCAAACCAAACCGCGAGACAAACACUACCAAGCCGACGCCCUGGUCGUGAUUCUCCUGCUCGCGGCAACGGCGACGCUCCUGACGGCGCUAGAGGUACUGGAGCGCACGCGGCCGAAGGCCAAAAGGAGGGAGGAAGGUCGCAGUCGGCUCGGGGACUUUUUAAGACUGUGUCUACUGGCAGGGUUCAUUGUGUAUCUGAACUACUGGUGGUUCAGGGGCGUCUACGACAUCAAGUCUGUCUGCGCUAGACACACACACUUCUUCACGAAACCGGUGAGGAUCUUGGGCGGGUUUCGGCUCAUCGGGCAGAUAUGGUCUCCCCUUUUGAUAGUGUUGUUCAUCCCGGUGUUGAUCACCGCUCUGCGCUGGGGGAAUAAGAAGCGCAGACACGCCGCUAUGAAUCGCCGGCGCGCGCGGGAGUCCGAAGGCGGCUCUCACCCCGGCCCGUUGAAGAAGGGGUAUUGGGCUCCCCCACCUCCAACGCCCCUGCCCGUCAACGGUAUCAGCCCUGCAUCGUCGAUAUCCGACCACGAGGGACCGAAGAAGAACAAAAGGGCGCUGUUCGCGGCUUGGAUUCUCGGAUUUGGAGCACUGUUCAUUAUCUUGUUUAUUGAGCUGAUGUUGGCGUAUUCGGGGAAUCCAGGUCAGAUUAAUAGGGUUAAUGACAAUGCGCAGUUAAUUCCUCUUUUGAUUGGGUGCGGGGCUAUCGCCUUGGUGCUUUCGAGGUUGUAUGAGCAGAGGCUUAAGAUUUGUGGGGAGGAAAAUUAUAGGGAGUAUCAGAGGGCUUUCUUGUAUGAUGCUUGUGCGCCAUAUCCGUUUAAUCGGAGCGCAGUGAGAUCUGCUGGAGAUAAGUUCAUGAAGACUAGAUCUAGGGGUUCCGGAGAAGCUUGACGGGCUUGCCCCUAUUGCAGAGUGGAUGUCUGGUGGAUUUAAUUUCCCACGAUAGCACAAUAAUGUAAUUGAUGAUUGUAUAAUAAUGGCGAGUCGUCUAAUAUUCCGCGAGUUC